AGCUGGACGGAACUCCAUUUCGAGCGAUCACUUCCAGCUGGCUGUUUGUUGUGCCUUGUGUUGCAGUUGGUCUAUGACAACGAUCUCGUGAGCAACAGCUUCGCAUUCGCAUCUAGCGCGGAGCUCCUAACUAUUGCAUUUGCGUGUGCAUCUUUCGAUUUGUUUUGUUGCAAAAUAUCUAAUAGCGGUUAGAUAAACGAUACCGGAGUCGUAUGUUAACGUGUUUUUUUCGCGUUUGCGAUCGCGUUGUAUGUGUCGUUGCGAUCAACGAACGCGCGUCUUGAGUCAGGCGAGAAGUUUUUCUCAAGGUAUUCAUAAAUCUUCGAUGUUACUAAAACUCCUAUAAAAAGAAAAAAGUUUUCCUCAAAUGCAAAUCAUAAAACAAAACAAAUAAAUUCAUUCAUUGUACCAACGAACAAAAGAAAAAAUAAAGAAAGUAAAAUGACUUUGCAUCGGCUAUAUUACAAUAGAAUGAAAAACACAGUCGGAAAAACUAUCAGUUAAAGUGCUCGUAAUUAUCAACCUAUCCAUGAAAAAAGACUGAAAAACGAGCUAAAAAUAAACCAACAAUACACAAAAGUGUGCAUAAUAGUUGGGUAUUUAGUAACAUCUUUUUUUCUCAAGACCUUUAAAAAAAUUAAAUAAAAACUACAAAAAACAAAAACAGAAACAAAAGUAACAAACAAAGUGUAAAAAACAAAAAUAAAAACAAUGCUCAUUACGCCGGCUAUGUACGAAAAUGAUUUACUCGUACUUUCUGCCUCUGACUAUAUUUGCAUGUAUACAUUCAGCAAUUGGCGUACAAUCUUUCCAACAUUUAUCAAUGGCAGAGAAACGAAAGUUUUCCAAUCAGGAUAAAUAUCAGACUCCUGAAAUCAUCGUUUCAGAUUGCGGUUCCCGGCCAGCUCGUCGACAGCCCCGUUCCAGCUUCAAAGGCAAUCAAUUCUUCUACAAUGACCGCAUCCCAAAAAUCAUUGCUGGUUCACCCACAAAAGAGGGUCAGUUUCCGUGGCAGGUCUCUCUGGAAUUGCUGCACCCAUCGAUGGGAUUCCUCGGCCAUUGGUGUGGGGGUGUGCUAAUUCAUCAAUAUUGGAUUCUAUCGGCUGCACAUUGUGUACACAACGAUCUUUUCAAUUUGCCAUUGCCACCAUUGUGGACAGUAGUCCUCGGCGAGUAUAACCGCGUUGUUGAAUCCGGCUACGAGCAACGAAUUCCAGUCGAAAAAAUUGUCCUCCACAAGAGCUAUCACAACUUCCUGCACGACCUUGUGCUCAUGAAACUCUCCGUACCUGCUGACUUGACCAAAAAGUCCAAUAUACGUCGCAUUUGCCUGCCAUUCAUAUUCGAUGAGAACAUCCAGUCCAGUCUAGAGAUGCCAUCGUCAUCAUUGGAGGACCAUCAGCUCGAAGUUGACACCUGGAACUCGCUGGACAAAAUGGAUAACUUCCUGCGGAGUGUACAAACACGUCGGCCCAACAUAACUCUGCCCAGCAUGAAGGAGCUGCUGACAACAAAAAUUAUGAGUCGCCUAAGGAUUAGCAAUCAACAUCAACGCACUGGCAGGAUGCUCACUCCUCCGUCGAGGAGGCGUAAUGACAAAUUCAUGAGGGACCACUUCGACGAUUACACCGAUUAUGAGUCAGGGGCGACAAUGUCCAAUGACAAUGACGAAUCGGAACCCAAGCAUCCGCCUCCACCCCAUCCGAAUGAAUACAGGGACCUGCCAUUCAUCGAUUGCGUUGCCACAGGAUGGGGCAAAUCGAACAUUACCGGCGACUUAACGGAUAUACUCCUGAAGACAAAUGUGCCGCUACAUCAUAACGGCAGAUGUAAGGAUGCCUAUGGCAGCUUUGUAAAAAUCCACAGAGGACACUUGUGCGCUGGCAAGCUAAACGGCAAGGGUGGGACGUGUGUGGGCGACUCUGGAGGACCACUCCAGUGUAGAGUCACAAAAAAUGGCCCUUGGAUUUUAGCUGGCAUAACGUCCUUUGGAUCGGGCUGUGCUCUCGAAGGCUUCCCCGACGUCUACACUAGAACUUCCUACUAUAUGAAAUGGAUAAGUGAUACAAUACAAUCAGAAUAAGAUACACAUACAUUUAUAUUUAUUUAAUUUAUUUAUUGUUAUU